AAUUUUGACAUAACUCAUCAUCAUGUGAGUAUCGUUUCUUCAUCUCUAUUCAAUCUCCAAUCUCCAUCGUCUUACUUCAUCGAUGGCGCACGGCGGUUAUGGUAAGCGCAGAGUCGCCGGACGUAAACCGAUGGGUGGAAGUAGCCGUCGGUCGAAAGGAUUAAGCGUAGACAAGAAGUCCAAGCCCAAGCCCAAGUCUGCCUCGCUCAAAAAUCAGAUUCGCUCGGUCGAGAGAAUGCUCCGGAAGGAUCUUCCGCCUGAAGUCAGGGAGACUCAAGAGAAGAAGCUAGAAGAACUGAAGAAACAACGAGAAAUUCACAACACGCUCUCCACUGAACGCAUAAUAUUCUUGCGAGGCCGUAAGAUUAAGUUUUUUGAGAGGAGAAAGAUUGAACGAAGAUUAAGGCGUCUUGAGAAGCUACAACGUGCUUCAUCUGGUCAAUCGCAAGGAGCAGAGGUUGCAGGACAGCUUCUUAAACUGAAGGAAGAUCUUGAAUAUGUUAGGUUCUUUCCCAAGACUGAGAGGUACGUGUCUUUAUUCAUGGGAGGUGAUGACACAAACAUAAUUGAGACCAGAAAUAGUUUACGGGAGAAGAUCAAAGCUAAUAUAGCAGCAGCGGCUGCUAGCGGGAAGGAUCUGGAAGAGACUGGAAGUGAGGAUGAUGGACUUUUGGAUGUGAGUGAUGAUGAUUUUUUCUUAACUGGAAGUUCUAGUGAUGAAGCCGAUGCAGAUGAUGAAUGGACAGACAAAAGUGCUAGGGAACAAGCAUCUAGUGCAUCAGGGAAAGCGACAUCCGGGUUAUCAAGUGACGAAAGGAAUCAUAGACAGAAUUCUGCUCGGGUCCUGAUGCCUCCACCUCGACCUUCCUCAAAUUCUGUUAAUGGAAAAUCAAACUGUGGCGGAUCUUCAAGUAAGAAACCUGUCAUGCACAGAGCCGAAUUAUCCACGUCAAGCAACACAUCGGACAGCAGCAGGAGUGGACCGUCUUCUAGAAAUAGGGUAUCGUCAGAUGUUCAGACAGGGCUGAGUAGUAAUGUUAGUUCCAAUUCUGAUGCUAAAAAACCUCGGAGAAAAAGAAGGGUAAAGAAGAAAAAACAGACAAAGUAAGGAAAUGGUAUUUGACGGAUGAAUUCCUGCAAGAUGUGAGCAAUUGAAGGGCGGCUUAUUAUUGGUGUAAGGUAUGGCUUGUUUGUUAGAAUAAACAGACAGACAUCUAUAACGUGCUUGUUUGUCUAGUGUAAUUACUGUAUGGGUAUUAUUGAGGGAAUGGUGUGUGUGUUGACAGUUGAGGGAUUAACUGCAUUAACUAGCUAGUUGAUGAUGUGUUGUAUAGAAUGGGGUGAGUGUAUUUUGGGUUGACCUAAACCCUAACCUAAAAUUUGAAUUUGGGUAAGUUCAUUUGGGUUGGUUUAUUUUGGAUUGGAUUGGGUUACCAAAUUACCUAAAUAAAAUAACUUUUAUUUAUUU